UCAGAAACAUUUCAAUUUAAUGUGUGGAAAAGAGGGGAAAAAAGGGAAGAUAGGUCUGGAAUACAUGAAGAUUUUAUGUCAAAGAGGUUGUGUUUUUAGUGUAUCUUAUGGCGUUUUCUACGAGAAAUCAUGGUUCAAAAUGGACGCAUUCGAAGAUCGAGCUUCCACGUAAGCCUCCUAGACUCACCGAGUUUGACGAUAAUGACUUAGAUGACACAGUGACAGCCAAUGACAUCAAUAGUAGUGUUCUGGCCCUCGAGGGACGUGUCCCUAACUAUCUUCUCUUGGUGUCUCUGCUGGAACAUCUGUGCUCAUUGUAUGAGAGGAACCCUGAGAAAAGUAGAAAGAUAUUCAAUGUUGUAUGUGAACAGCUAGCUCGCAUGAAGGUCAUGCCUGAAUUUUCAUUUUUGGAGGAGUUUGGUGUCAUAAGAUCAAAAUACAAGAAUGCUUUUAGUGAUUUAAUGCAGGCAGCAGCCAAGUCUGUCAACACUGAGGCUCCUCUUUCAUGGCCACAGAACUUCAGAAAAAGUAGCAUACAAUACCCAAACAACCCAUUGCCAUGGUCAGUACGACAAGAGCAAUGGCAUACUGGUAGAUCAAGGUAUGGAGAGGAAUUCAUAGAGAUUGGUCGCUUGGGAAAAGGUGGAUUUGGUAGUGUUGUCAAGGUUGGAAACAAACUAGAUGGACGAGAGUAUGCAAUAAAGAAAAUAGCCCUAAAGGAGGGAGACCCAGAUCUUUGUCUAAAGAUCUUGCGUGAGGUCAAGGUGUUAGCUAAGCUUAAUCAUGUUAAUGUGGUUGGAUAUCACUCGGCAUGGCUGGAGUAUGUCACAACACAGUGUAACAAAGCUGCAAUGCCAAGGGUGUCAACUCAUCCAGUCAGCCUGAGUGAACUUGAAGAGGUUUCAUCCAGGAAUGGAGUGUAUAGGAUCAAUGAAAGCAGCAGUCAAAGCAACAGCAUCGUGUUUGAACACUCAUCUAUUGAUGCAUCUAGCGGUGGGAUAGUUUUUGCUGCUGAAGAGAAGGAUGACUCACUGGCAACAAAAAAGCAAAAUCUAAUACCAGAGAGAAAUGGAAUGCGCAAGAUCCAUUCAUCGGCUCAACUAAAAAACAGUGCCAGUACUAGCCGUGGGGCCUGUGCACCAUAUCCUAACGGCCAGGCUGAGAUGAGGAGGUCUGCAUCUAGUAGCAGUCUUGGUUCGAUGCUAUUGAAUGAUAGAAGUGAGUCACCUUCAUUGGGACCCAAACAGGCGUCAUUCGGGAUGAUGCUGUUCAUCCAGAUGCAGUUGUGUAGCACUACAUUGAGAGACUGGUUGCUCAACCGUAACCGUAAGCAAGCACCAAAAGGGGGUAAAAUUGAGCCUAAUGCUAGUAUGGCGAUCUUCCGUCAGAUAUUGGACGGAGUUUCUUAUAUCCACUCACAGUCUUUGAUGCACAGAGACUUAAAGCCUCGUAACAUCUUUCUUCAUGCUCUAACCAAACGCGAAGGAGACACCACCCCUCCCCUGCAAGUCAAGAUUGGAGAUUUUGGUCUGGCGAGAAAAGAUGCGGUGGCCUACCCAGAAACUAGUAGUUCUUUGACUACUCUAAUAGAACCUCUCACUCCACUUUGUCCCAACUUUGCUUCACCAUUGGCAAGUGACGCUCAUACUGCUGGUGUAGGAACCUGUACGUACGCCUCUCCAGAACAGCUACGAAACAGUAGCUACGACAACAAGGCUGAUAUUUACAGUCUGGGUAUAAUAUUAUUUGAGCUUUUUUGGCCUUUUACCACGGAAAUGGAGCGAGUGACUUGCAUCAAAGAGCUUCGACAGGGGAAUCUGCCUGGGGAUUUUAAAGCGACAUGGCCUAAGCAGAGUGAAUUAAUCCUCAAGAUGGUAGCAGCCGACUGUUCCAAGAGGCCUAGUGCCGAGUCGAUACUGAAGUUAGAAUUCGUCAAAGAUAAGAGUGAGGUAUGCAAGCAGCUGGGCGAAAAAAUAGAAAUGCAAACAAAAGAAAUCGAGGAACUAAAGAGUGUUCUUCUGGUGAAGGACAUGGAACUAGAGACACAGGUUGCCGAGAAAGAACAACUACAAAGAGAACUCGCUGAAAGAGAUGAGCUAAUUAACCGCUUUCUGGCUAGUAGGAGAAUGUGUACAACGUGUGUGAAGGAUAUUCACAUGGAUCUAGAUUAGACAAGGCUAGUGCAUCUUUAUAGCCCCGUUUACACUAGCAAUUUUUGGGGCGAUUUUUGCUGCGAUUUUUUUGCGAUUUUGUCCAUAAUAGAUAAUGGUAAAGAAUUUACGAGACGAAUGUCUCUUUUGAAGGAUGAGACAAAAGAUUUCAUAUUUCCGAAAAUUUUCACAAAAAUCGCAGCAAAAAUCGCCAGUGUAACCGGGCUUAUCAAAUCUUUUCUGCAUGGGUGUGAUGUUUGCCAUUUCAGACUACGUGUCAUUCUCUUGAAAAUAGGAUUCUUUGUUUGAGUUGUAUCCAUAUUCAUGUGUCACUUCAUGUGCAACCGCUAAACAAAGAAAUAAUGCUCUGGGGAAUGACAUGUGGUCUAAAGAUGGGAAAAAAAUACUUUACACAAGAACCCCAAGCCAAGGCGUCUUCUGACCAGUGACUGAGAAUGUGGGAUACUCAGAUUAGACAAGGCUAGUGAAUCAGGGAUGAUUGAUUUCAAGUGAUAGGUAAAUAGAAUUUCACAGGAAGCCCAAGUUAAAGUUUUAUUUUUACACUUUGACAAUUUUGUACACAUCAACAAAAAACCUAGCUUGGGCCUCCUGUUUGUUUUUAGUCAAGAUAUUGGCUUUUCAUAGUCAUUAUUUUUCUAUUAGCAUUGAUCAAUAGAAGAAAUACGUACAAAUAUUUCAGGGGUCCUUUAAUUCGUUCCGAUUGGUGGCGCGGCCUUGGCUAUCUUGUUCCGGAAGGUAAUAACGAGGGGGAGGGGAGGGUAGGGGGACGAUAAGAGGAUUUUAUUGAUCAAUAAUUGAUUGUAUAUAUCUUUCAUUGAGUCUAGUAUUUAAUAAUAUUAGUAGAAUACUCUAGAGGGACACACCUUUGAUCCCGGUAAACGAUUUUUUUAUUGCCCAGGAAUGUAUAUAUCUUUGAUCUAAUCUAAUCUAGUAAUUUAAUAAUCUUAGUAAAAUACCAUUUGGGGAACGCACUUUUGAUCCAAACGAAUUUUUACAUCGUUUUCAUAUUUUUUAGCUAACACAUUUAUAUUUAUUCUAUAUCUCGUUCGGCCUUCAAUUCUUCACGACCUACUUCUGUUUCUCUUCGUAGUGUCAACUUAGAUAGACCAGGGUUUUUUCUAACCUACAAAGUUUGUUAAAAAUGAGACGCAAUGAGACGGUGUAUUCAAAAGGUUUCUGUUCACGGUUUGGUCUCAAUCCUUUAGAAAUACUGCCCCGUUUACAGAGUGACUCUAUUUUAACUGUUAUGAGUAAAUUUUGAAGACGUCGUUCGAGUAAACAUUCCUGGCUCACGUGCACCAGUUUCUCUACGAGUGUCAGACCCAAGCCAAAUAGAGGUUUUGCACCAUCACUUGACGGCAGCAACAAUACAAUCCUUUUUAUAUGAGAAAGAAUUCAAUUCCCGAGAGUAAAGGGAUUUUACCGUUCUGCCAUCAAACCACAGGCAGCCCAAGCUGUAUUAUGGGCGUAUGCACGUGAUGGUGCAAAACCUCUAUACUGCCAAAUAAAUAAAUCAGUGUCGACCUGCAUUCAGCUCCAGAUUUCACGAGUCUUUUAUCUGCUGGGCUUCCUGUAGAUUUCCACAGGAAUACCAAUCGAUAUUAUUUACAAAUCUAAGAGUUGAAUGUUCACUACGAGAAUUAUAACUGAAUGACUUUAUUAUUACGAGACGUUGCCUAGGAACACCGAUACUUUAACAAUUUUAUAUUUAAAAUAAAUUAAUGAAUUAUUUAGUAAGUAAUAGUUUAUUAGUAGGUAACAGUGUUAAAGUGCCUUGGUAGAUAUAGUUAAUUUAUGCUUCAAUUGCUGAUCGCGUUGUCCUUCAUUAGGUUCUAGUACACUUAUUGCGAAUGCUCUACGCAUGCGCAGUGACUGAUAUAGGGGUCUGGGAUCAAUCCUAAUACCAGACAUGCGCAGUAGUUUGCUAUAUCUGAUCUUUUUGUUUAACUGGCGCUUUAUACUGUACUCUUGCACAAAACGUUCAUCUGAACUGUGCAAUGCUAUAUGCGUAUGUUAAAUGUCAAUCCGUUGAUUUGGAAUGAGUUGGAGUGCAUACCAUAUAUCGGUGAAAGAGCUAGCUAACAAAAUUGCACAAAUUAGUGCAAAGUUUUGUAGGUCUACGGUCUACUGAGGUCUACUGAACUUAGUAAUUUUGUGGAAAUUUGUGGAAUAUCUUGCAAAGAUUUUCAAGGACAUAUGGUAUGCACUCUACUGUACCUGUGCAGUAGGCGUUCGCUUGAACAGUGCAAUGCUAUAUAUGUGUGUGUGUGUGUUAAAUAUCAAUCUUUUAUUAUGGUUAUCUAUCGUAUAGUUGUAUAGCUAUUACGGUUAUUAUUUGCAUUAAAAUGAGUGUGCUGCGUGUC